AUGUCCUCUCAGUAUUGCCCGGAGGAUUGCUCAGAGCAGCUUUCCUGGCUUGUGUGGAACACAAGCAUUAAAAUCACGAUGAAUGGUCAUAUUUCCAAUCAUCCCAGUGGUUUUGGAAUGAAUCCAUCUCAAAUGAAUGGCUACGGAUCAUCAGCCACCUUUUCCAUGGACAGAGAUCACAGCUCACGAACAAGUGCAAAGGCUCUCUAUGAACAAAGGAAGAAUUAUGCACGGGACAGUGUCAGUAGCGUGUCAGAUAUAUCCCAAUACCGAGUUGAGCACUUGACCACCUUUGUUCUGGAUCGGAAAGAUGCUAUGAUAACUGUUGAUGAUGGAAUAAGGAAGCUGAAAUUGCUCGAUGCCAAGGGCAAAGUAUGGACUCAAGAUAUGAUUCUUCAGGUGGAUGAGAAAGCUGUGAGCCUGAUUGAUUUAGAAUCAAAGAAUGAAUUGGAGAAUUUUCCUUUGAACACCAUUCAGCAUUGCCAAGCUGUGAUGCACUCCUGUAGCUAUGAUUCGAUUCUUGCCCUGGUGUGCAAAGAGCCAACCCAGAGCAAGCCAGACCUUCAUCUUUUCCAGUGCGAUGAGAUUAAGGCAAACCUAAUUAGUGAAGAUAUUGAGAGUGCAAUCAGUGACAGUAAAGGCGGAAAGCAGAAGAGGCGGCUUGAUGUCUUGAGGAUGAUUUCCAAAGCAGAUCCUGGUAUACCACCUCCACCCAAAGCUCCUGCCCCCGUCCCCCCUGGCACUGUGACCCAGGUGGACGUUAGGAGUCGAGUGGCAGCCUGGUCCGCAUUGGCAGCUGAUCAAGGAGACUUUGAGAAACAGAGAAAUUAUUACCAGCAGGAAGAAACACCUGAGAUGAUGGCAGCCCGCAUUGACAGAGAUGUGCAAAUCUUAAACCACAUUUUGGAUGACAUUGAAUUUUUUAUCACAAAACUCCAAAAAGCAGCUGAAGCAUUUACUGAACUUUCUAAAAGGAAGAAAGCUAAGAAAGGCAAAAAGAAAGGACCAGGAGAGGGUGUUUUAACACUGCGGGCAAAACCUCCACCUCCUGAUGCAUUUGUGGACUGUUUCCAAAAGUUUAAACAUGGAUUUAACCUUCUGGCCAAAUUGAAAUCUCACAUCCAGAAUCCUAGUGCUGCAGAUUUGGUUCAUUUUUUAUUUACUCCAUUAAAUAUGGUGGUGCAGGCAACAGGAGGUCCUGAGCUGGCCGGUUCAGUGCUCAGCCCCCUACUGACGAAGGACACCAUCGAUUUCUUAAAUUACACGGUCAGUGCUGAUGAGAGGCAGCUGUGGAUGUCACUGGGAGACUCUUGGAUGAAAACCAGAGCAGAGUGGCCAAAAGAACAGUUUAUUCCACCAUACGUCCCUCGGUUCCGCAGUGGUUGGGAGCCCCCGAUGCUGAACUUCAUGGGAUCAUCCGUGGAGCCAGAUCUCUUUCAACUGAAUGAGUCUGUGGCAAACGCAGCAGAACAUCAUCGCAAGCAAGAAACAAAGAGAUUAUCCACAGAGCACUCCAGUGCAUCAGAGUAUCCUUCAGCUGAUGGGUACACGGCAUUCAAUAAUAUUUAUGGAAGAGGGCCCCAUUCGGACCAGGGGGAGGCUGCUAUUGCUUUUAAGCCAACUCCUCUUCGCCACGUAGAUAGAAAUUAUGAUCUACAACCCAAGAAAUAUGCCAAAUCCAAGUAUGACUUUGUGGCAAGGAACAACAGUGAGCUCUCCGUUCAAAAGGAUGAUAUCUUAGAGAUCCUUGAUGAUAGGAAGCAAUGGUGGAAAGUUCGAAAUGCAAGUGGAGACUCUGGAUUUGUGCCAAAUAACAUUUUGGAUAUCGUGAGACCUCCAGAGUCUGGAUUAGGGCGUGCUGAUCCACCUUACACGCAUACCAUACAGAAACAAAGGAUGGAGUAUGGCCCAAGAGCAACCGACGUUCCUUCUGCGCCAUCACCUCCUCCAGCACCAGCUCCUGUCACUGUCCCCCUCCCACCUUCCGUUCCAGCUCCUAUUCCGGCGUCAAAGAUCCCGGCGAACAUAGCCCGUCAGAGCAGCAGCUCCAGCGACAGUGGUGGCAGUAUUGUGCGAGACAGCCAGCGACAGAAACAAGUUCCUGUGGACCGGAGGAAAUCUCAGAUGGAGGAAGUGCAGGAUGAACUUAUCCACAGACUGACCAUUGGUCGGAGCGCCGCCCAGAAGAAGUUCCAUGUGCCACGGCAGAAUGUGCCAGUUGUCAAUAUCACUUAUGACUCCACCCCAGAGGAGGUGAAGACCUGGUUGCAGUCAAAGGGCUUCAACCCUGUGACUGUUAAUAGUCUUGGAGUAUUAAAUGGUGCACAACUUUUCUCUCUCAAUAAAGAUGAACUGAGAACCGUCUGCCCAGAAGGGGCCAGAGUCUUUAGCCAAAUCACUGUUCAGAAAGCUGCAUUAGAGGAUAACAGCGGCAGCUCUGAGUUGCAAGAAAUCAUGCGAAGACGACAGGAAAAAAUCAGUGCUGCUGCAAGCGACUCAGGAGUGGAGUCUUUUGAUGAGGGAAGCAUCACUAAUUAG